AUGGCAAUGGAGCAAUUGUAUGGAGAUUUCGAUGCAUCGUACAAUGAAUUACAGGGAUGGAUAGCCGCCAUGAGGGAACACGUGCCGGGAACUGUAAUUGAGUUGCAGACACGAUCUUAUGACGGGCCAAAUGACCAACUACAAUCGAGAAAAAGAAUUUUCCAUCGGAUGUUCUGGACAUUUGAUCAAUAUGUGCGCGCAUUUCCCCACUGCAAACCAUUUGUGCAAGUAGAUGGAACCUGGCUAUAUGGAAAAUACACACAGAUCUUACUUCUUGCGGUUGCUCAAGACGGCAACAGAAACGUACUCCCGAUAGCAUUUACCAUCGUCGAUAAGGAGAACAUGGAAUCGUGGGAGUUCUUUCUUACCAACCUGCGGAGGUAUGUGAUUAGCAAUGAUAAUAUUUGCAUCAUUUCCGAUAGAAGAAAAGGAUUAAUUGCAGCCAUUAGGCGUUCUGGUGUACCAUGCGUACGAGCUAGAGCCACACAUUUUCGCCAAAGAAUGGCCCGGCUUGAGAGUGACAUGGAAGGUCAAACCAACACAUCUUUCCGGCAGUGGCUGGGUACCAUGGAGCCAUGGUUGGCUACCUUAAUGCCAAGAAUGGGUCAGCAACAAGUGAACCAGAUGGAGGCGGGACAUGUCUUUGUCGAAGGCAUUAGGGAUGCAAUGGUUGUAAACUGUCGAAUGGCGAGGUCGAUGACAGUAGAAGUAUAUUCACGACAUAAUGAAACGUUUCGAGUUACAGAGACCAUCGGUCGUCGACCCAGUAUACCACCUAGGUCCUACGGAGUUGAUCUCCGAAAUAGACGGUGUGAUUGCAGAAGGUUUCAAACACUUCAUUUUCCAUGUGCACACGUCGUGGCAGCUUGUGCUAAAGUUGGGCUCAAUGUAGAACAAUUUAUCGAUGAAGUGUACACCAUCGAACGUACGUUGCAUGUAUGGGAAAACGAGUUCCCCAUGCUUCCUGACCUAUCUACUUGGGAGGUACCUCCGACGACCUUCGAGCUAGUCCCAGACAUAAGGUUGCGUAGAAACCUGAAAGGUCGUCCACAAUCAUCCAGAAUCCAUAACGAAAUGGACAUUAGGGAGAAAUCUGAUGGGAAUUUGUGUGGCGUAUGCAGAUUACCCGGUCAUAAUCGGAGUAAAUGCCCUCUCUGA